UGUGCUGGUCGGUUGAGAGGUGGAACAAAACUGAGGGAGUCUGAGUGCUGAGCCGGUACUAUUACAGCGACGCACACCUAACUGAGCAUGGCGACUGGUCAUUUGUGUAAGCUACAAAAUCUUUUAACGCGACUUUUGAACGGCACCACACGACGAAGUGCACAAACAUGUUUGGUGACAGUGAGACAGACGUCCAGCGCCACCGGUCCUUCACUUGAUGAACCUAACAGUGAUGUGGAAAUCGGUGUGACGUCAGAUGGGAAAACCAUAGUGUGCUACCAUCCCUCUGUGGACGCUCCCUAUGAGCUGACGCAGCCUAUAGAGCGGCCAGACCCCCUGACCAACCAGGCCGAGACCCAUGACCAGGUUUUGAAGGCCCAUCUCAGCAAGGAGGUGCUGAAGGACAAAGAGGGGCCGACUAUAGAGGAGCUGAACAAGAUGUUUUUCACUACCAAACAUCGGUGGUAUCCAGUUGGACAGUACCACAUGAGACGCAUAAAGAAGGAUCCACCAAAGGACAGAUAGCUGAAGGCCAAGGAUAGAGCACCGCAAAUAAUGUUUGUCUAUGUUAUUGUCACAAUGAUGUAUAAUAAAGUGUUAUAUAGUAA